AUGGCGAACAAGUUUGGAUUAGGUUCUUUAUCUUUAGAAACUAAAAAACCUAACACUACAGCGUGGAUAAAUAAAGCGAAACCUUACUUUGUGGAUCAAAUCGGAGACACUCUUCAAGGUGAUUUAGAUAUGAACAAUUUCAAAGUAACUAAUUUUAAGUCUCCGGAAAACGAUAAUGACGCUGUUCACAAGAAAUAUUUACGGGAACAAAUAAAUUCAAUUGAAGUAAAUAAAAACCAUUUAGAAGAUAAAAUAAGUAAUGUGAAAAGAUUCUUCAAACGUCAACUAAAUAAUAAAAAUUUUGUUAAUGAUACUAAACUACAACAAGAGAUAACCACUAUUAAUAACCUAGUUUUAAAACAGGCAAAAAAUAUAGUCUCAUUAGAAAAAAAGUAUCUCAAGGAAGAAUCAUAUUAUUUCAAUCUUCCAUUUAGAAAUUUGAGUUAUGAAGAUCUUUCUAAUAUUAAAAAAAAUGCUUCUAUUACUGAUAAUAUUGAUAGAUCAAGAGAGAAUGAAUAUAAAAAAUAUGGAUUUACAGCAAAUAUUAGAGUAUAUAAAUCUUCUAAUAGUGAUUUUCCCCAUGAUAUGUUUGAUGGUAAACUUCCAACAUAUUUUGUUUUCAAUGGAAAACUUCAAAUUGAAAUUAAUUUUCCCAUCCAGGUAAAAGUUGAUUCAAUAUUCUUCAAACAAAUCUCAUUUUCUUCUAAACAAUUUAACGCUCGUAAAGUUCUUCAGUUUAUCAAUGGUAGAGACAAUGUAGAAAUUAAAGAAUAUGAAAGUAACAACGAAAACAACAAGGUUAAUCACUUAUAUGAAAUUAAAACAAGUGGAAAAUAUAUAGAUAGGUUUAGAAUGUUAAUCAUACCAGAUAAUGAAGAUCAACUUGGAUUGAGAGAUUUUGAUAUGAUAUUGGAAACGGAAAGUCCACCAUCAGUAAGUAUUAUUAGAAAUCCAGAAACAAAAAAAGUAGAAGGAAGGCCAAUAAGUUAUCAGUUUUUACGAGCAACAGACUUUGAAUACGUAAAACUAUAUUUUGCUAAUAAUAGUUUUAUACAUCGAGACGGAAUUAUCUCUACAGCUAAUUUUUUUACCUCAAUCGAUAUUCAUAAAAGUCAAGAAGCUGAAAAUUUUAUCAUAUUUUCAUCAAUAAUUGAACGUAAUGAUGGAAUAGAAGUUAGAUUUACGAUAAGAAUCUAUAACGAAAACCAAAAUUUUCAGUUCAUCUAA